GUGCAGACUGCCGCAGUCGAGGUGGUGACUUGUUGAUUGUAGGGAGCUGGUGGACAUGUAUGAGAUCAUACCGUACAUCAAGCUGAAGAAGAACUACUGGAUCGGAGCGUACAACCACGACUGGAACUUCGACUCAGGUAGUGAUGUGUUUCGGCGCCUCAGCAACUACGUGCCUCAGGAGACGUCUUGUGGCCACCUCUACAACGAAGGCAACACGUGGCGGUGGGCGGACACCGGCUGUGACUCCCGGAAGCCCUUUUACUGCCAGUUCGACAGCGUCAAGUACGCCAACGUUCCUUCCUCCGACAACGACUACAUCUGCCCUUGGGAUAUCGACCUCCCUACCCCCGUCAUUCCCGACAGAUCCGCCCGUCACCAACAGCGUCAUCUACAACAACGUCUCCACCACGUCCCCGCAGCCAGUCGCCAUCAUCGGUGACGGUGGAUCCUCGUUCCCCCUGGCUGCUGUGAUCGCUGCUUGUGUAGCCGCAGUCCUUAUGCUGCUCUGUGCCCUGCUCUCAGUCUUCUUCAUCAGACGCAGACAAUGGGUUGCCAAAAAAUUCAGCCGAAAAUCUGACCGUGUUUUUGGUGGUCAUCGUUUACCACGACGUUUCUACCAUCGGUGGAGUAACAACUACAACUACUACCCCGACCACCUCUCCGACGGCGGAUGGGAGUCCAUUUCAACUCACCACACCGGGGUCUUGAGUGACAUGAGCGUCGUCUCCGCACCCUCCCCGGGAGGCUAUGUGCGGGAAGGAUACGAGAACCGGGGACUCUCUAGAGCAUACACCCUCGCCUCCCCAGCCGACCUGGAUGCCCUUUACGCUAAUGUGAACCACAAAGGGGGGAUAAUCCGCCGCUCUACCACCAAGGGAAGCAGUCAUAACUUCACAACAGUUGGCCACGCUUUGGGAAGUGGAAUGGCGGGGACUUCCGGUUUAGGCGGAAGUGGUUCGAAUAUUGGUUUGCAGCAUGAUCUGAACAAAUCACUGACCUCUAUUCACCACACAGGGUUGUCAGCAUCCAAGGAAUAUAUGACAUUGGCGGCACAUAUGAAUAUUUUGGAGGAUGUAGGAUCCACAAGAUCGGCAACCCGCACCCGCCCUGAAGUUGCCUUGGUAACCAAUGAUGUUGAUCUCAAUUUCACAGUUAAUCGUGCUGUUACCAAGAACAGAACUGGCAGUGAGCAUUCGAGCGAACGCACCAUAGAAGAGAUUGAGUUACCUGUGGGGACAACUGUCGAGAUCCCAACACAUUCUGACACGGUACAUUUUUGAGUAUGUUGAGAAACGGUAAAAUACCAUGGAAUAGAAAGGACGUUAAGGUGAAGGUGACAAGAAUAUAACAAUUUAUCUGCCAAAACUAUGAAUAAUUUCGUAUGAUAACAAUCCAUAAUUGUAAUUGUUUCUUUUAUCUAAUUAUUUAAAAAUAUAUGUUAGUUGGUGCAUGCGCGCACCUAUACGGAAAAAGGAAAUGUAUCAUGCUCAAAGCAGAGCAUAGCUUUGUGAUCGUGCACAACACAAGCAUAUUCACAUCCCCAUCGACACGCUCAUACACGAAAUACACGUCCCAUAUGGGCAUGACGAGCCCAAACUUCAUUCAGGACUCUAAAAUUGUUAUUGCUUAGGCAAGCUAUUUACCAACCAAAAUCCCAUGUUAACUUCUAUAACUGUAUAAUUAAAAAAAAUAAAUCCUUUUCGCUUCAAUAACAUCGAAUGUACCAUUCCGACUUUAUAUGCUCCACAGCAAGACAAAUUGGAGCGAAAUCUUAUGCAUAAUCAAUUUAGACUCGAAUUCCAUUUGUAACAAGCUUAAGAAAAUGAUAGUAAGCCUAUGAUUCGGCGUUACUAGUAUUAGUGUCUAACAAAACAAUCUUCAGAAAGUUUACAAAAAAUGAAAUAAUAUCUUAUUUUAUGAAAGUGCAUUUCUUUUAAGGAGAAAUAAGAAUAAAGCAGAAUUGUUUUCCUAAUCCACAUAAUGACUGUUUAUUACCUAUGAUACUUUAUACUUUAUGACAACAAUCUGUGAUUCUGUUUUACCCAGCUAUGCCUCCAUUGCCAUAUAGAAGUAGAUCAUAUACCAAAUCGUCUACCGAUAAAUAUAAAGAUUUAAAGAUUUAACUCUUUUAAUGUAUGUCAUACCUUAUAACCAAACAUAUACCAAGGUUAUUAUAAUCUUUAUCCUGCACAAUAUACAAGGUUAACCUGUAAAUAAUGGGUGUAAUUACAUGGAAUUUGUAUGUAUUACCGCCGUACAUCACGAAGCAUUAAUUUACAUUGUCCUGGGCCCCGUUCCUCAAAGCGAUCGUAGCGCUACGACAGCCGUAACUCCCAUACUUUAGCAUAGACUUACGACUGUCGUAGCGCUACGAUCGCUUUGAGGAACGGGGCCCAGAUCCAGAAAGCGUUCGUAACGUUACGACCUGUCGUAACUCUAUAAUUUAACAUAGACUUACGAAUGUCGUAGCGCUAGGUAGGCUUUACGGAUCGGGACCCUGGUCUAAUAUGUUAUGUUGCUCAGGCCUUUGAUGUGUUGAUCAACACCGUGUGUAUUAAAUCUCGUCAUUUUCAGAUCCAGCUAUGAUGUUGCCUUUAGUUUUAGAAUGUUCUUGAUAAUUGUUGUCAUUGUAUUUAGAUAGGUAACACGUAUUUUGUUUUGCUAUUGUAAAUGCUCUGUAGAGAUGUAUAUUUUCAAAUAAAUACCAGGUUCUGAAA